CCAGGGCAAGGACUGGCGAAUUGCAGUGUACAUACAGCUGGGGCUGCUGCUGCUGCUGCUGCUGCUGCUCUCUUUCCUCACGCCUUCCGUGUUGGACACAAGCAGCCGCCGCCACAAGCAGCAGCAGCAGCAGCAACAGCAGCUAACAGGGGAGGAAGCAGCAGCAGCCGACGGCGACAGCCGGGACCUGCAUUUUGAAGUAGACCAGGAGCAGCACGAGCAGCAGCAGCAGCAGCAGCAGCAAGGGGCUGGGGGCCCCACUUCAGAAAUCUCCACGCCGCAAUUUACUCCAGGGGGAGAUUCGCUUGCUGCUGCAGCGUGUGCCUCUUCUGCUGCUGCUGGCAGCGCUGCAGCAACCGCAGCAGCAGCUGCAGCGUCUGCUGCUCAAAGCAGUGCUGCUGCUGCUGCUGCUGCUGCUGCUGGGUGUCCUUCCACAGUCUGCGCCUCCCCGUCCCCCCCUCCGUGCAGCGGCGUCGGCGCUGCUGCUGCUGCUGCUGCUGCUGCUGCGCCCGUGGGGCCCCACGGGGGGCCCCUGAGCGGCAGCAGCACCCCCUCAGGUGUACGUACACAGUGCCUGCUCUGCAGCAACUUGGUCUACCCGCUGCUGCCAGCAAUUGCUGCUAUGGCGAUAACAGCAAAUCCGGAAAAUAAGUUUUAUGGAGGGGCAAGAGAGUCAAGAGAAGCAGCACCGAGGCGGGCCACGCACAGCAGCAGCAGCAGCAGCAGCAACACCCGCAGCAGCAGCAACAGCAACAGCAGCAGCAGCAGGUGCACCCACUCCAAGAGGCUCUACAGAUACUUCAGCGCCCCUGCAAAAACCCCAGAAGCAGCAGCAGCAGCAGCAGCAGCAGAAGGGAUGCAGCCAGAUAAGGGCUCCCUUAGGAUUUGCCUUACUUGCGACCAGCUGCCGCUGCAGCGGGACCUGCAGUGCAGCAGCAAAACGCCACUGGGGAGCCUGCUGCAGCAGCAGCAGCAGCAGCAGCAGGGGCCUCUGCUGUGCCCACAGGAGGCCCUCCCGUUGCAGCAGCAGCAGCAGCAGCAGCAGCAAAAGCUGCAGCAGCUCGAGCAUGCCAGUGACCCUGAAAGGGUGUUAGCACUUGACGGCGCAGCAGGAGGGCCCAGUGCACCGCCUGCCGCUGCUGCAUCAGCAACAGCUGCAGAUCGAGCAGCAGCAGACCCAGCAGCAGCAGCAGCAGCAGCAGCAGCAGCAGCAGCAGCAGCA